AUGCCAAUUGCAGUCGUACUUGGCUCUACAGGAUCACAGGGCAAAGGUGUAAUCGAUGCGCUCCUCAAGGACCCGAAAUGGACACUUCGUGGGAUCUGCCGUAACAGAAACUCUGCAACAGCCCUUGAGUUGUCCGAAAAGGGCGUUGAAAUGGUAGAUGGUGACGUUGGCGAUGAAGAAUUUCUACUCAAAGCAUUUACUGGUGCUGAUGCCAUUUUUGCUAUCACAGCGUAUUGGCAUCUUCUCGGCCCCCGUGAUAUUGACCAAGCUGGCGAGGAGGAGUUCCGACAAUUACAGAGUAUCGCCAUAGCGGCCUCCAAAACGGAAACGCUGAAUCAUUUUGUUCUCAGCACUAUUCCAUCGGCCGAACUUAUGUCGAAUGGGGAGCACCCCGUGCCGCAUUUCGAUUAUAAGAAUAAAGCGGUUCAGUGGAUGAAAGUGCAUACCAACAAGUUGUAUGAGAUAACCACGUAUGUUUAUGUUGCUUUGUAUCCGAACAAUUUCGUCAAUGAAGCCUUCAUGCGAUUUGUUAAAGUUCGACCGGGCGGAUAUUUUCUAUUGUUGCCAGCAAGUCCAACGGCAGUCAUGCCCUUUAGUGGAGAGAUUACGCACAAUAUCGGUGUUGUUGUAGAUGCGAUUCUAGCCGCACCUGAAAAAACAAUCGGUCGCACUGUACCUCUUCACACUGAUCAUGCUACAUUCACCGAGGUAGUAGCUCUUUUCGAGAAAGUCACUGGCCAGACUGCCGUCUAUUCUGAGGUCUCCGACGAAAGUUUUGAACAUCUCUAUGGGCCACUUUUUGGCCGAGAGCUCGUUCUCGGCCUGCGCUUCCAUGAGAAGUAUCCGUCCGAGGACUUGAAUGAUCUUCCGCCGCUGGGAACUGGCACAUUAAUGACUCUAGAAGAGUUAGGUGUUGGGGAUCGGGUUAUUGGAUUGGAAGGUGCCAUGAAAGGCUUUGGGGAUAAGCUGCUUUGA